AUGAAGCGGCCGGGGGAGCCGGAGUGGGUGCCGCUUCAACCACCCUCCGAGACUGAUAGAGGUAAGAAUGUAGGUGUGUGCGUGCAGGAGUGUACUAGACUGCUAGAGGUAAGAUUCGUGUCAGUCGGCUUAAAAGCAAGUGUGAAGCGGCCGGAGGAGCCGGAGUGUGCAUGCUGGAACUGGGUGGGGGAGCAGGAGUGCGAGUAUUACAUGAGGACGGGGAGCUGUGCGUAUGGGCCUAGGUGCCGCUUCAACCACCCUCCCAGGUUGGAGGCGAUGCAACCGCUGCUCCCAUCCACGCCGUACCCGCAACGACCGGGGCAAACAGAGUGCAAGUACUAUCUCAAGACUGGCACUUGCAAGUAUGGACCCUCCUGCACCUUCCACCACCCGCCGCUACUCGCCGCAACGCCCGCUCAUUUUUCCCCUCUCCUUGCAAAUCUCCCAUUUUCUCUCUCCCUCCCCUCCUCCACUUCCCCUUCAGUACUAUCUCAAGACUGGCACGUGCAAUAUUAUCUCAAGACCGGCACUUGCAAGUAUGGGCCCUCCUGCACCUUCCACCAUCCGCCGCUACUCGCCUCAGCACCUGCCGGAUCUUCCCACCUGCCUCUCAACGCUCUCGGCUACCCCCUCAGACCGGGCGAGACAGAAUGCGCCUUCUUCCUUCGAACGGGGCGGUGCAAGUUUGGAGCAACAUGCAAGUUCCAUCACCCCGACCUACACACGCCCCCGCUACAACCAAUCGGCCUACAUCCCUCCCAGCAGCAUCCUUCCCAGUUGCUGCAGGCGCCGAUGGGGCUGCAUCCCUCACAGCUACAUCCUUCUCCCCAGCUCCAGAGUCCUCUUGGUCAACAGCCGUCCCAGCAGCAUCCCUCCUACCAGUAUCCCUCCCAGCUACAACCGUCCCAGCUACAGCCGUCCCAGCAGCAGCAGGUGCAGGUGUUAUACCCUGGAGGAGCAAACACGGCAGAAGCAGAGGAGGCAGUUAAGCAACAGGCAAGCAGCAUCGUUCCUGGGGAAGCAUCCAGGAAGGAAGAAGCAAUCAUUUCUGCUGAUGAUGCGGCUGCUGCUGAUGCUGGUGAAAACCCAGGUGGAAUGGCAGAGGGCCCAGAUGCAGCUGCUACCAGCUCUAGACGGGGAGCAGGUACUGGAGCAGCAGCAGCCGCAGGAAGGGGUGAAACAUUGCAAGGCCAUCUGAACCAGGAAAGCCCAGAGAGCGUGGCUAGAGAGUCAGGUGGGGAAACAGAUGGGAAGGCUGGGGGGAAUGAUUGUCAAAAGCAAGCGGUGAGUGAUGUGGCUGGGCCAGAAGGGGGUGAGGUAGGUGUUGUUGUGACUAGGCCAGCAGGGGGUGAGAGGACUCACGGUACUACCAACCCAUGCAGCAAGGGGGUGGUGGGGGAGGAGGGGGCGGCAGUGCGGGAGGUGGGGGAGGUGGGGGAAGUGUAA